GUCUGGUCUGGAAAGUGAAUGGUGGUGUGUUGCUGUGUAUCCUUGUGGAACGAUUGCACAUUAAUAAUAUUGUAAGUCUUGUAUGAUUACCACUGAAUACAUAUAUAAACGAUUACUUGCGUUGUCAGUUUAUACAUACAAAUACUUUAAUGUCAAAGGUAUGGAAAGAGAUAUGAAAGUCAGUGUUUCAGCCAGUAGUAGUGGUCUUAAAGAUAUGAAGGAGGAGCUUGUGAACACUUGUAAUGAUCUAAGGGAGGAAGUUGUCGAUCUGAGAUGUAGAUCCUUGAGGGAUAAUCUCCUUUUUUCUGGGAUACCGGAGGAAGAAAACGAAGACUGUGAGGGAAUUCAUAAAGACAAAUAUGCAUGUCACAAAGGAAAUUGACUUUGAACGAGUACACCGCAUCGGAAAAUUCUCGACCAAGCCUAACUCGCGUCCGAGAAUCAUCGUGGCGAAGUUUUUCCGCUUCAAAGACCGAGAACUGGUGAGGAGACAAGCUCCUACAACCCUGAAAGGUACGGGAUACUACGUCCAGGAGCAGUUUCCAGCCGAGGUGGAACAACGGCGAAAAUCCCUGUUUCCUGUUAUGCGUGAUGCCCGACGACAGCAUAAGAAAGUGAAGCUUGUCCGUGAUCGACUGUAUAUCGACGGCGUUGAGUACAUACCCGCAGAAGAUCGUGACGAUUUAACCGUACAUCAGAACACCGGAUCACCACAUGAGCGACAAAACCGUAAACGUCCGCGAGUUCGAUCUAGUUAGGACAGACUUGAGGGCCAAAGGCAAAAUGACUGUGACUGUGAUUUUAACAUUAAGUUCCUGGCAUGGAAUACAAACGGAGGGCUAGAGAAAAAAUUGAACGAUCCAUCAUUUUUGAAUUUUAUAUGUAUAUAUGAUUUGAUAUUUUUGUCAAAGUGUUGGAUAGAAAACAAUUUUGAAUAUGAUAUACCAGGUUUUAAUUGUAUAUUUGUACCCAGAAAAUUAUGUAGAUCGAAACAAGGAGGUGGAAUGGCUUUAUGCAUUAGGAAUGAAUUACAGAAAUACUUAGAAAUAGUAGAGGUUUAUUUUGAUAUCAUUGUCUGGCUUAAAUUAGAUAGUACAGCGCAUGCCAUGAAUGAAGAUUUAUAUAUUUGUUGUACAUAAAUUCCUCCUGAUAAAUCAUCUUUCUUUAAACAAUAUAACUGUGAUAUUUUCUACGAAUUAGAAAAUCAAAUUGCAGAAUGUUCUGAGAAAGGAAAAAUAAUUAUUGUUGGAGAUUUGAAUAGCAGAUGUUCAACUUUGAAUGAUUACAUUGAAUGUGAUAGAAUACACGAUAGGCUUUCUGAAUACUUAUCACCGCUUUGUGAUUACCAAGAGGACGAUAUAUUAGUUAACCGAAUUUGUCCUGAUAAAUCAGUAAAUACUUAUGGGUUAAAGUUGAUUCAGUUGUGUAUUGAAACCGGUUUGAGAAUUUUGAAUGGUAGGCAUAUUGGUAAAUUGGCCAGUGACUUUACAUAUUGUGGUGUUAACGGUUGCAGUGUUAUUGGUUGUUUUAGCUACAGUUGACAUCUUUCAGUAUUUUCACAAAUUUAUUGUUGGUAGUUUCAAUACUUACUCAGAUCACGCACCAUUACAUAUUGAAAUGAAAGUAACUGUAAAUGCGUCUGAUGAUAGAGAAGACAAAACUGUAUAUAACAAUGAUCAUUCUCAAUACCGUUGGAAUGAGGAAUUUACUGAAGAUUGUAAAUAAUUUUUAGAACAGAAUGUAUAUUUACUUCAAGAUUGUUUUAAUGGUAUUGAUGUAAAACAGGGAAAUCAUUUAGAAAAUUGUGUAAAGUCUUUUGUUGAAAACUUAGCUAAUUUGAUGUUCGAUUUUCACAAGGUACCUAUUUUUUACGAUAAUGAUACGGCGGGUGUGACCGGUCAACAGGGGAUGCUUACUCCUCCUAGGCACCUGAUCCCACCUCUGGUGUGUCCAGGGGUCCGUGUUUGCCCAACUAUCUAUUUUGUAUUGCUUGUAGGAGUUAUGAGAUUGAUCACUGUUCGUUAUCUUCACCUUGCAUAAGAAACAAAGAAGUGUUGUUGAACCAAAACAAAGUCAACCUUGGUUUGAUCGUGAAUAUUAUACAAGAUGUCAGGCAACAAAAUCACCAUGGAGGUACAGGACACUCCGUCUUCAUUGUUAGAAUCGGAAUCGGAUACGUCAAAUCCCAAUGACCGACCGGUAUGGAGUCGAAAAAUAGAAUACCUUCUGGCGUUGUUUGGUUACUGUGUGGGACUUGGUAAUAUCUGGAGAUUUCCCUAUCUCUGUAUUAGAAACGGAGGAGGUGCCUUUUUGAUUCCUUUCUUUUUCCUGCUGUUCUCAUGUGGAGUUCCUCUAUAUUUCAUGGAAGUUUCCUUGGGACAGUUUACGGGAAAGAGUCCGUUAGUCGUAUGGUCCAUAUCACCCCUAUUUAAAGGACUUGGGUGGCUGAUGAUGACGAUCUCCUUUGUUUUGGCUUGGUACUACAACACAAUCAUUGCUUGGGUUAUUUAUUACUUUGUCCAUUCAUUCUAUCCAAAGAUUCCAUGGGCUACGUGUGAUAACUGGUGGAACACAGAUCAGUGUAUUGUCAGUCAGAAGGAGAGACCUGUCCUAAAUGAAUCUUUUGCUUUGAUGAACCAAUCUAUAGCAGCAACUGCGAUUAAUCAGAGUGAAGCUGUUUACUCUUUUAACGCUUCCCAACAUAACCAGUCUUUGACAUACACCACUGCUGCAUUUGAAUUUUGGCAGCAUAAUGUCCUGAGACGUUCGGAUGGCAUCGAGCAUUUAGGUUCUGUUCAGUGGCACCUCGUUUUGGUGUUGUUUGUGGCCUGGAUUUUAACGUUUGUAUGCCUUAUUAAAGGUAUACAUUCAGUUGGAAAGGUUGCAUAUGUGACCGUACCAUUUCCGUACAUACUGUUAACCAUCAUCCUUAUUCGUGGUCUGACGCUUGAUGGUGCUGUGGAUGGGAUAAUUUUUUACCUGAAACCGGACUUUACUAAAAUUCUGCAAUUUAAAGUGUGGAUGGAGGCAGGACUACAAGUUUUCUAUUCGCUUGGUCCGGCGUGGGGAGGACUCAUUACAAUGUCAAGUUACAAUAAAUUUAACAACAAAUGCAUGAAGGACGCUUGGUAUGGAGCUUUAGUAGAUGGUCUGACAAGUUUCUAUGCUGGUUUUGUCGUGUUUUCUAUCUUGGGAUUUAUGGCACAUGACGUCGGUAUGACAGUGGAAGAAGUUUCAAAAUCAGCUUCAGGACCUGGUCUCGCAUUUGUGGCGUACCCAGAAGCCAUUACGAGACUUCCCAUGCCACAUAUCUGGGGAGUUCUUUUCUUUCUCAUGUUGAUUACUGUCGGAGUGGACAGCCAGUUUGCAAUGUUUGAGACCGUUGCUAGUGGCAUUGCGGACAAAUUUCCAAAACAGCUGAAUUCCCGAAAAACCCAGAUUACAGCCAUUCUGUGUAUCCUUCUCUUUCUGUUGGGGAUCCCUUUCACCACUAAUGGAGGUGUAUACCUCUUCCAGUUGAUAGACUGGUAUUCUGCCUCAUUUUGUAUCACGUUUGGGUCAUUCCUGGAGUCCGUCGUUAUAUCCUGGAUCUACGGCGCGGAGCGUUUCAAUCGUGACAUAGAACUCAUGACAGGAAGAAGUAUCCCCCUCGCCAUGAGGAUUAGCUGGUGCAUAAUUUCUCCAUUAUUUAUGUUGGUGUUAUUCCUGACGUCAGUGAUUAUGUACUCGCCACCAAAUUCUGCAACCUACACCUACCCUGACUUUGCCAUCGGGAUCGGACAGUUUUUCGCAGUACUUCCUCUCCUGCCCAUACCAGUGAUGAUGAUUUGGGAGCUCAUUCGAUCGAAAGGGACACUUGUUCAGAGAAUAAAGAAUCUUGCUCGACCGAACUCUGACUGGGGGCCCAACAGCAAACGUCACUGGCAGACAUACAAAAUGUAUGAAUACAAAGGCGGACUGAUAAAUAGAAUCAAAGUCAAUCUGCUGGGAGACAAUCACCGAUAACUGUCCAUGCUAGAGCGUAAAACUGAAUUUGUAGCAAUGUGACAUUUUGCAAAGUAUCUGUAAUAUGAAUGGUUAAUAUACUCUGUGUUAAAAUUUACAAUUCAGAGAUUUCAGAAAAUCACAGUCCAUCUUGCGUAAGAAUUGUACCAAAUAUCAUAAAUCAGAUGAUCUUGUUAAAUUCAUGUAUAAUAAUCUUCUAUUACAUCAACUCAAAAAGAAUGUUUUUGGUUGACAAGAGAUCAAACACUUACUUUACCGUCCAUUACUGACUAGAUAGUCAAAGUCUUUCUACAUCAGUUAGAGAGAGAAAAAUGAAAUAACUCUUCUUUCCAAUUUUCUUUAAUGUUAUAAGAUAUGAAAAUUGUUUAUGUUUCGUUGUAUUGAUCAUCUUAUAUAGCCAUUGAUAUUGCAUGAUGUAAAAUCUAUAAUUCAUGUUUUGCAAUAAAAAUGAAAUAACUGA